UCUUCCCUCUUUUCUUUCAUUAAAAAACAACCACAAAGCUUAAAUACCCUUUCUUCUCCCUUCAGUUCUCUCUUUUCCUGCUCUUAAAAGUUAAAACCCUAAUUCUUUUCAUCUUUUAUGGUGAGUAAUCACAACAGCGACAAGAGAAAAAAAGAACAAGAGGGAAGAUCAAGUUCGAUAUCAGGGGAAAAGGGGAAGCUUUAAGAAUAUAUGGCAACUUUCUCAAGCUCUUGUUUUAGAACCAUCCAUCUCUUACCUGCUUUUUCAGUCUCUUCAUAAUUGCCUUUAACCCGUUUUUAUUUCUUGUUGCCUUUUUCAAAGAAAUUAUAAUCGGAGGUUUUCGCCAUGGAUUCUGGUAACAGUAGUAGCAUGCAGUCUUCAAGCGGUGGUGGUGGUGGUGAUGACGAGUACGACUCAGUCACGGGGCCUGAGUCAGUCCCAGCUUUUCUGGACAGUUCAGGCCAUUUUAACCCCUUGUCAAAUCAACACCCCUCACUCGUCGUCCACCAACAAGAUCAUCAGCCGUCCACUUUCUUUGAUCCGUCUGCAAAUUAUCUCAACAACCCUUUCUCUCUAUCUCCACCGAGCAACUCACUGCUGAAUUUUGAAGGGGUUAGGCCUCGGAUGAGCCUAAGAUCUGAACCCAAAACCAUUGACCUCGGUAACCUAUCGAGGCAAUCUUUGUUAGGCUCACAUGGUCUUAAUCAAGGUUCAUUCCCGGGCUCAUCGUCGAUGCAAUCGAGGUCAGUUCAUCAUGACAAUGGUGUAAGAACUUCAACACAAUCUGAUCAGACCAUAAGUGUUGUAAAGAACCCCAAGAAGAGGACAAGAGCAUCAAGGAGAGCACCGACUACAGUUCUCACCACCGACACAACGAAUUUUAGAGCAAUGGUGCAAGAAUUCACUGGCAUCCCAGCACCACCGUUUUCGGGUUCAUCGUAUUCUCGAAGGCUCGACCUUUUCGUAUCUGGCUCAGCCUCACGGUCCAGUCAUUUGGAACCUUUGGGUUCUUCUCUCUACCCUUUACGUCCUUCGGCUAAAAGGGUCCAGACGACUCCAUUCGCAUCAUCGUCUUCUCCUUCAUUGUUAAACAAUCCUUUACUUGCCGCUGCUAAUACAAGCAACACCACCAUGGCCAAUGCUUUCAAUCCUAGUUCCAGUAACUAUCAAAUUCCUUCUGAUGUAGACUUACUAAAGCAGCCUCAGAAUAUGUCAAACUUGCAGAACCAGAGUCAAACCCUAUUGUUCCAGUCCUUCCUAGACGCGCCUCCUCCUUUACACCCAUCUCUUGGUUUGCCUGGUUUCGGUGUGAAAUCCCAGGGAAGCUCUGCCAUGCCUUCCAUUGAUGAAUUGGGGUUUCGCCAUGGUAAUGCAAGCCUCGGUGGCUUACAAAAUCGUUCAGCACCAGAAGCGGAACGUUCAAGGAGCGAGCGCAACUGGAGUGAUCAUGGUGUUGGAUUGAACGAUGGCAAUCAAGAUCACUUGGGGCCUUUAGAUGGGAAUUAUGGUAGCAAUAAUUCACAAGGAGUUAACAGCUGCAAAUUGAACUACCCGGCUUCCUCAUCAGCUUUUCACCACCAUGACAAGGGAUUGGAGAAUGUUUCUUCAAGAGCAGAAGGUACAGUUGAUUCAUGGAUUUGUCCUGCAGAGUAGACAUUACCGAUCACCUACUAAACUUAAUUUGUAGAAAUACUGUCAUGCAGAAGAAGAAUAGUAGAAGGGUUUCUUUUCUUAUUUUUCUUUUCUUCAUUUUAGAGAAU